CAUCCAUCAUCACAAGCAAAAGUGUCGAAGAAGUUACGGAAUAUUUUCUUUCGCAAAGUGUUUUUUAAUUUUAAUUAAUUCUCAUUUAUUUCCCAAAAAUAUAUAUAUAUAAUUUUCCAAUAAAAAUCGAAUCAACAUAUUCGCGAAACUAAUUAAAACAAAUUAUCCAUAAAGUGCAUCAAAAUAAAACGAAAAAAAAGUGAAGAAAAAAGAAAAACGACCCACACACACUUGAAUCAGAGAAGAAGAUUUGCAACAAAAAUUCCAAGUCGCAAUUUCACAGUUUUUAAUAAAAAUAAAUAACAUAAAAUUUGCCUCUGCUGAAAUUCAUUAAAUAAAUACAAAAAAAAAAAAGAAGAAAAGUGAAUACAAAUGUGUGAUCUCAUCAUCACAAAAGUAAACCUCGUCGACGAGGUAUUUAUCAAUUUUUUUGUCUAGCUUUUUUUUUUUUUUUUUUUGACUCGACGACAACCAACUCCAGUCAGCAAGAUAAGGAAGAGACAACAACGACUAAAAAAAAAUAAAUCAAUUAAAUUCAAUCACACUGCUCAAUGUGCAACAAACAAUCAAUUUUAGUAAAUUUGUUGGUCGUCGUUGUAACCAAAAAGCAGAAAUAUGCUCCGAGAAUUGAUUACUUGGGUCCUUAACACAUAUUUGGGCAAAUAUCUUGAAGAUUUUAAUCCAGCACAAUUGUCAGUUGCAUUGUUAUCAGGUGAAGUUGAAUUAGAAAAUGUCCCAAUACGUAAAGAUUCCCUCCGAGGCUUUGGUCUUCCAUUACAAGCUAUCAGCGGUAAUAUUGGCAAAAUAAAACUACAAAUCCCAGUGCGUCAAUUCCGAACAGCACCAUGGUGUAUAAUAAUCGAAGGUGUCCAUGCUGUCAUUGGGCCCAAAGAUCUCAACGAUUGGGAUGAUGAAAAAGAAAAACAAUCAGAUCUUGAAUAUAAAUUGUCAAUGCUUGACGAUGCCGAAGCCAAAUGGCGAGCAGCAAAAGGUGAUAGCUGUGAAAGCAACUACUAUGCCUCAUCCUAUUCCAGCUGGCUAAGCUAUGGCACAGGAUUGGCAACAAAUAUUUGUGAAAAUCUUCAAUUAAAAAUUAAUGGUGUCCAUAUUCGUUAUGAGGAUACAAUAACUAUACCGAAUUUUAGUUUUGCAGCUGGAAUUACAAUUGAGUCAUUAACAGCACAUACUUGUGAUUCUAACUGGCAACAAAAUUCAACAACUUCAUGGAAUCAAGAAGUUGCUUUUAAAUUGGUUGAAUUAAAAGCAUUUGCUAUAUAUUGGGAUCGUUUGAUACCAGAAAAUACUUGUCGUGAUAUGCAAUCGAGUGAGUUGGGGAAUUUAAUGGAGACGGUGUGUUCUUGUAAGGAGCAUCGGUAUAUUAUUAGUCCAAUCAGUGCAAAGGCUCAUUGUCGUCAUGAUAGAAGUCCGAUGCCCUUGCGAACAAGAAAUCGACCUAGACUAUCAUGUGAAGUGACUGUCACAGAAGUCAAUAUUUGUCUCAGUGAUUUUCAAUAUACCCAAAUGGUAGAUUGUGUCCGAGGUCUCCAAGUGAUCAGCAAAAUUCGAGCCUACCGAGUGCUUCGUCCCUCUUACUCAGUUCGUGGACAUACAAAAGAUUGGUGGCUAUACGCAGUGCGUUGUCAUGGUUUCUUCUUUGAAACAACGAAAGAAAAAUGGACAAAAGCCAAAGAAAACAUACGAUACAUCAAAAUGUACACCAAAGUUCUACUAAAUCCCAAUGAGAACUUGUCCCCCGAUGACAAGCAAUUUAAAUCAGAUGUUGAGAAAUCUCGUGAUUUGGAUGAUCUACGUUGUUUGCGAGAAGUUUGUUUCCUUCAACUCGUAACAAGUGAACUUGAUUUGAAGGGUCAAGAUGGCAAUCAAGGAAGAAGCAUGCUCUUCCAAUGGUUCCCUAAUUGGUGGGGAUGGUAUGGUAAUUCUGGAGCUACAUCUCCAGCUUCAGAACAUAAUGGUGAAUUAUUGUCAUCAAAUGAUACAGCACAUAGUCUUGAAGAUGAUAUAUUGAAUGCACUCGAAGGGUCGGUAGAGAAUAAUUCACUCCUCAAACGUGAUGCUGUAUUUGGGAAAUUUGACUUUUUCCUUACCGGUGGACAGUUGAAUGUUUCCACUGAAAAUUAUACCAGUGCCGAAGUGAAACCAAUGAUGGAAAUGAAUUUUGAUAAUCUAAAUCUAAAUAUUGAAACCAGACCGAGAUCAGGUUCUCAUUUGAUUGGUUUGUCAUUGGGUUCUGUGUGCGUCAAGGAUUUAUUCACACCAAAUACAGAAUUUCCCGAAUUGAUAAAACCUCAAACAAAAGAAGACCCACAAGUUCCACCGGCAUUUAGUCGCUUUCAGAAUGUCAAAGGGAAGAAAGACACCGAAGAUACAAGCGAACCAUGGUUUCUUCUGCAAUAUGAAAAGAAACCAUUGGCAUUCAAUACUGAUUACAGACUGGCUGUGAAGACAAGAUGUCUAGAUGUGGUUUAUAAUAUGGAGGCUUUAAAAUGGCUAACAGACUUUUUUGCAAAUCCUUUACAAAAUGCAAAUGCACGACGAAGGCUUGAACGAAUGAAGUAUAGCACAAAAAUGAGGCUUAUCAAGAAUUGGAAGAGCAUAAUUGAAGGAGAUUUGGGUCAGCGAAAAUCAUGGUGUCUUGAAAUCGAUGUUUCAGCACCGCAAAUCAUUUUUGUAGAGAACUUUACCAAAAAGAAUACUUCAAUUGUUCUUGUUGAUUUCGGACGUUUUCAACUCUCCAAAAAUUCCACCGAAAAUCGAAUAAGACAACAGAAUAUGGCCAAAUCCGAACAAGCUGGUUCAUCAGGAAUCGAACAAAUCAAUGGACAAGUUUUUAAUUUGGAAAGUGAAGAAGAUGAAGCAUUUAUGACGCCCUGUUCAACACCACCAGGCUCUGAAAAUAGUCCCUCUGAUUCGACAACUUUGUUAUCAGCUGUGCCAGAUCUUUCUGAUAUUGUUAUAAAUAAUGAUACAGGACUGGAAGAUGCUUUACAUGAUAGAAUCUAUGAUAAGUAUACAAUUGACAUGACUGACUUGCAGGUGCUAGUAUGUAAAGGCAAAGAACGAUGGGGAUUUGCCAGUGUUAAAGGAUCUUCUGCAUUACACUUGCUAGAUCGAUUUAGUAUAUCAUUGCAAUUGGAACGACGUGUAGUUCAUACAGUUGAUCCAGAAUAUCCAUCGUUGACUUUGUUUGGAACACUUCCAAAGCUUGUAGCGCAUGUUAAUGAACAUAAAAUAUCUGCAUUGAUGGAUAUUCUAGCAAUAAUCUCUGUUGACACCUCGCCAACGACUGAAGUUCAUGUUUCACCGGCUCAGAUCUCAGAUCAAUCACCAAUGUUUCAUUUGGAAGAUGAUUCAUUGAGUUUGGAUGAAUCAACAAAUAGUACACAACAGCAGCAACAACAACAGACAAAUUUGAUUAUGUUGCAAUUUGUUAUUGAUCAAAUGUCAUUGGAGGUACAAUCUAGAGGAAGGAGUAUUGCAGAAUUGCAAGUUUCUGGAGUGAGAGCUGGUUUAAGUAAAAGACCGGAAGAUACUAAUAUUUCUUUGUCUGUUCAUGGUUUGUUGUUGGUUGAUGCAAUACAAUCUUUUGGUCCAGAUUUUGAGUUACUUGUUGCCAGUCAUAGACAUGUGGGAAUGGAUAGUGUUUCUGGAAGUCUUAAACAAAGUGAACCAUGUUCACCAACAUCACCAGCAUCUCCAGAUCCAUUAGAUAAUCGAAGACCGACAAGUCCACUUACAAUAAGCAAAGCUAUUAGUUCUCUACAAAGAGCUAACUCAGCAACUUGGUCGACUUUGGGUGAUUUAGAUGCACUCAUCACUGUGGAAAUAAAUUUUAUUAACUCAACACCUGAUACGGAACCAUUACAAAUUGCAAAUAUUAAUUUUAACAAUUUAGAUAUAAUUGCCAACCAAGAAACUAUAGUCGAAUUACUUGGAUUUAUUAAUCGUGUGGUGCCGAGUAAAAAACAAAAAACUACUCCACCUAAACCUGCAUCUACGACAUCUCAAGAUGAUACCGACAAUGCAACAAGACCAACUUCAAUUGAUCUAAUGCGUCGCCAACAACUACAACGUCAAUUUACCGAAACUCGUCUUGGAGGAGCACCCACAAAUGCCAUCACAUCAAUUCGCACCGAAAUAACAUUCGACUUUCAUCGACUCAAUGUUUUGGUCUUACGUGCUCUUAAACGUGAUUCAUAUUUAGUUGGACGAAAAGUAGGAACCUUCACUAUGAGUGAAGCCAAAAUUCACGCUACACUCGGUCAAGAAAUAUCGGUUGACGGUUCGCUAGGUGGUUUACAAAUUUUGGAUUUAACCCCAGAAGGAGUAUACCAUCAGCGAAUCUUUUCAGUUGGCAAAGAUCCACUUACCGAUCCGCCAGACAUGCGACAGGACCUGCUUAACUCAUUGACCCAGGAAGUCUAUGGUGGCUAUGGUGGCAUGGGUAAGGAUAAAAUCAUUGAGCAAACGCAGGCACUGUCGUUUAAUGUCUCGCGGGAUGUUACCGCUACUGUAAGUGUGAAAAUUCGAAUGGCUUCGGUAUGGUAUACCCAUUGUGCGCGUUUUGUUCAGGAAAUUAGUUGGUGUGCUAAGGAAUUUAAACAUUAUCUCAAAAACUUUGCCCGUUCGAUUCGAGAGAAGGCGACAGAUAUGGCUAUUGGUCUUGUGCAACCUCUGAGCGAGCCAGUUGAAAUUUUUAUUGAAACUCCUUUGGAUGAAAAGAGACCCAAAUUGUUCCCAAGUCCUCAUAAGGUGAAGAAACCGGGCAAAAAAGUCAAACUCAAACUCGACGUCAUUCUGGACACCCCGGUCCUUGUGGUGCCUCGAUCAAGUUGCAGUGCUCAAGUGCUAGUAGCACAUCUUGGCAAAAUCACAGUUACCAAUAAUCAAGAAGAACUUCGUUCACCACCAAACUGUCCUCUGGACGAAGAAGAUAAAAACGAAGAUGAAGAGAUUUUUACCAUUGACGAGGUAGAUUUCCAACGAUAUGAGCCACAAAUUAUCGGUAGCACAACGAAUAUCGGCGAAGUUGUACGAAUAUGUGAUAAAUACUCCAUCGAAAUACGUAAUAUGAAUUUAUUCUCUCUGGACACAAGUCGACGAAAAGGAUUUCGCUUAUCGGCUUUGCCCAGAGCUGAAGAAUUCUAUUCCUGCCAAACAGAUGCAGUUGCAAUACUUCAUGAUACUGUGAUACAAUUGGAAGUUAAGAAAUUUGUUGAUGAUGUUUCAACACUUCCAGAGAAUAACCAAGAUCAACAACGAGAUGAAGAUGAUCUUUUGAUCGAUGGAAGCGUCACACAACCUCUACAAAUCUCCCUGUCUCGCAGGCAAUAUGAACAACUUCUCGAGACAUUGGAUAAUGUUUUUAAGAUACCAAAUGAUUUAGUACGACCACCCGCCGAGGUGUCUGUUGAAACAAUCAAUUUAGACACUGACAAUAAUUCAUCACCUUUUGAGUUGAAAAAUCGCCUGCCUGAUAAAAUAUUUCACAAUCAAACCCUUGAUAACCAACAAAAGGAGAUUACUCCAAAGAUUUCAUUUUCUCUGCCAAUGUUCAUUAUUCAAUUGAAGAAUGAACAUGACAAUCCCCUGAUUGAAAUAACAUUUCGUGAAUUCAGUGUGCAGUAUGACAAAGCGAGUCAGUAUGAAACUGUGGUCCAGGUUAUGCUCCGUUCAAUUCUAAUGGAGGAUCUGAAAUGUCCAAUUGACUCGAAAUAUCGACAAAUGGUUGUUUCUUCAGCCCAAGAGGAUAGAAGUUGUAGACCAGUAAAUGCUCCUUCAUCAUCAUGUCCAGAUUUAGUGCGUAUGGCAUUGAAGGAUGAUAUUCCAACUGGUUCGUUGCCAGAGAAUUUAGAAUCUAGUGCAGGAUUUGAUUGUAAUCCUUCGGUGGCUCCGACGACAACUUUGAAUGCAAUCAAUUACCAUCGUAGUCGAUUGCAAGUUGAUUCAACUUAUUGUCCAGGAACGCCACCUCCAUCGCCUCAAUCAAAAGCACAUGAAGACAAUUUGGUUAUAUACUCGGCUUUGCUGAUUGAUCCAAAAUGUCCUACACUAGCUACAAAUUAUCAGAAUCGCAGACAAACUAGUUCUAUUGAUUUCAAUUGUUUGAAUUUGAUAAUUUCUGUUGAAAGAUGGUUUAUGGUUUUGGAUUUCUUUGGUCUUGUCUCAGAAGAUGAGGAUAAUGGUGCGCCAAAAGAUGGAGCUGAAGAACAGAUAAGCGAGGUACAUUCAAAUGAAAACAGUGAAUUAGAAAUCACAGUGCGUUCAUUGAAUUUGGUUUUUGUUCGCAACGAAUCAGAAUUGGCCAAAGCAAAUGUUUCGAAUGCAUUUUUUGUAGUAGCUAAAUAUGAUAUGACAAAAACUGUUGAAGGACGAUUGGGUUCUGUGUCGUUGUAUGAUCUUACUAAUUAUGGUAAAAUUUAUCGAGAGAAAUUUCUAACAAGUGGUUCUGAGGCAUUGAAGUUUAUUUAUAAGAGGGAAGAUGAUAAAGAGAAGCUAAGAUCACUGACGAAAGAUGCAACAUUAAAAAUUCAAAUGUCUUCGGUGCGAUAUGUUCAUACGAAGCGAUUUGUAAUGGAAAUUCAGGCAUUUAUUAAGGAAUUUCUUCAGUUGCAAACGCCUGUGAUGAAAAAAAUUAAACUCUCCGAUCGAGCUCCAAGCAACCAACAGCGCCCAACACAACUCGGUCUUGAAAUCAGUGCUGGUUCACCAAUAGUCUUACUACCUCUUAGUUUCGAAAGCAACCGAAUGAUUGUCGCUGAUCUAGGAGAAUUCACACUCACCAACAGUUUCCAUUUGGCCAGUGAAAAUCAUGUAAUAAGUAAAAAAUCCGAUGAAGCUCUAAUGGAUGAAAUUCUAGAUGUAAUGCAAAUUCAUCUUGUCAAUACCAAUCUCUUUACCGGUGAUCGAGUUUCAAAAUGUCAAGAAUUACAACGAAAUGAAAACGAUGCUGAUAUUUGUCUAGAUAUGGGAAGUUUUUGGGCAUUAAAAACUGGCAAUAGUAUUUUCAAAGAAAAAUGUCAUUUAAAAUUACAAGUCGAACGAAAUAUGGACUCGGGAAAUAGUCAUAAUUGUCCUGAUGUUAGUGUUCAAGGAACAUUAUCUAGGUUAAGUGGUGUUCUUAAUUUACAACAAUAUAAACUUUUAAGAGGUUUCUUAGCUUACAAUUUAGGCGAGAAUAUUGAUGAUAUUUACAACAAUUAUUCAUUCAGUUUGGCUGAGAGUCGUAUGAAUAUCACUUCCAUGGAACAAGUUCAACAAUUGACCAUUCCAGAUAAGAUUGUUUGGAAUAUGUUGUCGAUAAAUCUUGACUUGGAAGAUGUAUCGGUUUUAUUGAAUUCACGUUCUGACGAUCGACAUCAGCAUGAUGAUCAACCUUUAGCUUGUAUUAAUUUUAUUAAAUCUUGUCUUAAAAUCGAUUCGUAUAGUGAUUCAUCUCAAGAUAUUGACUUGGUGUCACAAGAAAUUCUACUAACUGAUUCCCGCUUUCAAAGUGGCAGUCCUGAAGCACCAAAGAAUGUCUUUACCAACAUACUACAACCAAUUCGAGCUGAAGUUGGAUCAAAUAUCGUUCAAGCAGAGGUCCAUAGUCGUCAGAGAAAAGAUCAUUCAAAGUUUACAAUACUCCUUAACAACAUGAGAGUAAUGGCAAUUCUCGACUGGAUCGAGAAUCUCCAAGACUAUUUAAGUCAAGAUGCAGAUCCUCCAUCAGGAGCGAUGAUGCGGAUGAAGAAUACCGGAGUGUCACUAAGUUCCAGUACUUUAGACGAAGCAGAGAAAACUCCCAUGGAAGUCAUUCUCAACAUUACCGACUCUGAGUUGGUUUUCGUCGAAAAAACUGAUCAAAAUGACACUAAUGCAAUUAUUUUGAAAAGCACAACAGUUUUCUCAUUCAAACCAUUGGAUCUCAUUCGACCGAUCUCGGUGAAUCUAAAUCAUCUAGAAGUAUUCUCCUGCAUGUUGGGUUGUGAAAAUGAAACUGCUUUAUCAAUCAUCGAUCCAAUUACUGUAAACUUGGAUUUGCGUGAGAAUACAAUUGAUAUCCAAAUCCAGAAACAACUAUGCAUUCGUUUGUCUUAUCACGAUGUCAAGAUGUUCAUUCGAAUGAUGGAGUCUCUGCCGAAACAAACUCGUACCGCACAAAAGAAACGUACAGCUCUGCAUCGUGAAUCGGUUUACAGUAUGCCAGAUGUCGAACUGAUUGCACCUCUAAUGGCUAUGGGAUUCAAACGUGCCGAUUGCAUUCGAGCUCUGGAAAUGUGCAAGAAUCAACUUAACGAAGCUGCAUUAUGGUUGACCCAACAGCGAGCAACUCGCCAACCUACAAUGGAAAUCCAUUCCGUUGUGGUGAACGCUCAGUGUAUAUCGGUGUGUGUCAUCGAUGAUUGCAUGGAUGCUGAUGUACCCUUGUUGGAAUUGUCUUUGUCACAAUUGAAAUUUAAUCAGCUGUUGAAUGAGAGAUUAGCCACUUUACCAAGUCAUUAUCAUCCUCUAAGGAUUCCUGUCUUUUGUAGUGGCCAAUUGGAAGCAGUUAUUGCAAGUGACUAUUACAAUCGUCAUUUGAGUGGUUGGGAGCCAGUAAUCGAGCCAUGGGAAUGCACGGCUAACUGGAAUUACAGUACUGGGCAGACGAGCAACGAAAGUAAUCUUCUUAACCUCUCAAUUAUGUCCAAGCAAAUGCUUAAAGUAAACAUAACUACAACUCUCAUUGAGCUAUGGCAUUUAGUGAGAAACAAUUGGACACAAGAUUACUAUGAAGGGACAAACAAUGCAGUUGCAACGUCAACCACAAAUUCCAAUGAUAGUCCAACAAAUUACCGACGUCGGGCGCCAUUUGUACCAUUUUCACUCAAAAAUGACACUGGUCAAGUUUUAUCAUUUAAAAUUCUCCUCACUCAACCGGGGGGAAUUACUCGAACUGAAGUCACCAGUCAUGAUAUGAUUAGUGAAUGGAUUAAAGUACAACCUAAUGAAACGGUUCCAUUUGGCUUUGGUCCACAAACUAAACUGAGACAUUUGGAUUCUCAUAAAUUGAAUUUGCAUCAAAUUCUGGUUCAGGUCAAGGGUUGGGCUCAGGUUGGACCAGUAUCGAUUGAUCGAGUAGGUAUAUUUUUCCGUCAUGCUUUGCAAGAUGAUGCACCAUCGGAAAAAGCAAGAAUUGUAUUUGAUGUGUCACUUGUGGGUUCAGCACAAAAAUUAAUAACAAUUCGGUCAGCUUUGAGAUUAAUCAAUCGAUUGGACAACAAGAUCCUCCUUAAACUGGGCCAGGAAACAGCUGUUGUGGAACCAAAUAAGUGUUUUAGUGUUCCGUUAAGUCGAGUUCGUUCGGAUAUCUUUUUUAUGCCAAUGUUUGAAUUGACUCCAGAAGAUGAAAGGAAUGGCAAUGCUUUAGAAAGAGUCAAGGAUGCUCCAAGAGAUUCCAAUUUAAAUCAUCAGUUGAAUGAAUAUCUGAUGCAACAAACAAUGAGUACAACUAGAAAUGGCCAGCGGCAGUUUGGUUUAUGUGAUGAGGGGAUUUCUUGGGCCAAGUGUGUCGAAGACAUUAUUCAAGAACCAAGAAUAUGUCGAGCAAAUAGAGAUAAAGUCUAUAAUGUAGUUACCACAAUCAAACGAGAUGGAUAUCCUCAUCGAGAUGGAGUUCCUGGACACACUAUUAUGCUAAUUCCACCGCUAAGAAUCACAAAUCUUCUCUGCUGUGAUUUGUUGUAUAAGAUUACUGGUCAAAUACAAGAUAAAACAACAAGUCAAGGAAGAAUCACCUCAUCGACAACGGCUAAUAUCUAUGAAGUUAGUCUGGAGGAAGCCAUCAGUUUAAGCAUUACUCUUGAUAAUUAUAAAGUCUCGGGACAGUUGAAGAUUCCAGUUGGUCAUUCUGGAGUUGUUGAACCGAAAUUAAAACUUCUCGAUAUUAACAAUCGAGAUCUUCAUUUGAGAGCAUCGAUUCAAGCAAUCAAAGGAAAUGGAAUGGAAAUAUUUAUAAGUGCACCAUUCUGGCUGGUAAAUCGGACAGGGCUUCCAUUGGUAUUUCGACAGGAAGGUGUGUCACAACCAGCUUCAGGACAAUUUGAGGAAAAUGAAAUGGCUCGAGUGGUAACACCACUUAUGUUUUCUUUCUCAGAUCCUGAGGCGUCGCCGUCUCUGGAGAUCCGACUUGGUGAACGAUAUGGCACGAAUAAUCAGUGGUGCCAAAGCUUUAGUCUCCACAAGGAGAUUGUCUAUCGUCAGUUAAAGGCAGCCAACUCCAACGAUAGCUUUGCCAUUGGAGUCGAAGUCCGUCGUGGAAGAGGUCGCUAUUCAAGAACAAGUGUGGUUACAUUUUCUCCCAGGUUUCAGUUAUACAAUCGAAGCAGUCGAAAACUUCAAUUCGCUCAGAAAUGCCAUGUCACCAAGCCCGUUGAUGCGGAAUCACGUAGCACUUAUAUCGAUGCAGUUCCAGGAUGUCAUUUCCCUUUCCAUUGGCCGCGAUCCGAUCAGGAGCCACUUCUUUGUGUUCGAAUGGCUGAUGUCGAUUACUGCCACUGGUCAAGUGGCAUUCCAAUCAACGAAGCUCAAUCCGUGUACAUUAACAUCCGCAACGAUAUGGGUGAUAUGAGAUUCCUCCGUCUCGAAGUCAUUCUACAGGGUUCCACAUAUUUCUUGCUCUUUGGAGAUGCACACGCUCUCCCACCACCAAUUCGAUUAGAUAAUUUCUCAGAGGUUCCGAUAAAAUUCUUCCAAUAUGGCUGCAAGCCCGAAUGGAGAACCACAGUUCGUCCACAUUCCUCAUUGUCAUAUGCUCUGGAUGAUCCAAUUGGACAUCAAUUGCUACAAAUUGAGGCUCCUGGUGGCAACUCAAUCGAAAUACCACUGCGAAAUUUAAGUUGUUCCGAAGGAUUGACUUAUUCGAAUUUCAUUUACCUCGCAUUCAAAGGUACUUUCCAAACUCCAUCAGUUUCGGAACAUCUUUAUUUGUCAUCAGAGUUUGAUAUAGAGAGUCAACAUCUGGUGUUGGGAGUGAAGAAUUCAAAAGUUAUCCUAAUGCGUAAACAUGCAGGUGAUCGAUCACAAUUAUGGCUAAUGAAUAAACUGGGUCAAUUGGAGCAUGAAGGAUCAUCGCCACCAAGUGAACCAGGUCGAUCUACAACACAUUCAGUAACAAGAAUGGUUUUGGACUUGGAAAAAGCACCAAAUCCAAAUGAUUACACUAACCUUUGUGUCCGAGCACCAAAUACUCAGCGACAAACAACACAAACAUGGAAAUUCGAAAAUGGAAGACUGAUGUGCCAUGCUAAUAUGUGUGUUCAGGCACGUAAUGGAGUUUUCGGUCUACGCCCAGGUUCCGAUGCCGUUCUUGGUCGCAUUGAAUCCGAAACACGAACUCUCAACGAUGUUCAAGUUCCAAUUGAACAAAAUAUCGAAAGACAAAAAUUACGACCAGGUUCUGGUCAAUUGGAUGUAAAAAUUCGCAUGGAUGGACCAAUUAAGACAAUACAAAUAAUAGAUGUAAAAAAUCCUACAUCCACUUCUCUGACACCAGAUCCACAAUGGAAACAUGCUUCAGCUGUAAAAAUCAAAUCAAAUCGUGGUUUUCGUGAAAAAGAUCAAAAAUCACAUUUUGUUGAUGAGUUGAGUGUCAAAGUUGAUUUGGAAAAAGGUGUAGGAAUAUCUGUGAUAUCACGACAACCAUGCGAAGAACUGACUUACAUCACCCUACAAAACAUCACAAUCGAAGCUCUAGCUACACCAUCAGUUCGAUCAAUUGAUUUGCGAGUUAAUACUCUACAAAUUGAUAAUCAAUUGUUGGACACGCCGUGUCCCAUUUUGUUGUAUACAAUUAAACCGAAUGCUAGUUCUACGCCGACACCAUCGAAUGCUAUUGAGUAUGGAAAUCCGAAUGCAUUGACAUUUAGUGCUAAGGUGUUAUCGAGUCCAAAUAAAAAUGCUGUGAUUGUUGAAUAUUUGAUAUUUGACCUGAGACCUUGUGUGGUUUUCUUGGAAGAGCGGCUGAUAUUGAAGAUGGCCAUGUUUCUAGGAUUGGGUUCAUCACAUCAUUCGGCGACAAGUUUGGCUGAUGAAUCGGAAUAUGAAGCACAACAAGUGGAGAAGAGAAUAUUGGCUUCAAAUGCUAAGCGGUACUAUUUUGAAAAUUUACACAUCGAUUCCACUCAUAUUCGUCUAAGUGUCAUAACUGCAUCGAAAUUGUCUCCUCAACUAAGCGAGAUGAAGAGAAAGCUCGGCUUGAGGUUGAUAAAAUUCGAAGAUGCCCUCAUUGAAUUCGAUCACUUUACAGACAGGCAUCAUUUUGAAACCUUGGAGAUGUACAUGAGAGCAAUUAAGUCGCAUUAUAAAAACCAGAUUAAAUGGCAUGCAGCAUCGAUUCUGGGAAGUGUAGAUUUCCUUGGGAAUCCUCUAGGUUUUGCAAAUGAUUUGUCAGAAGGUGUUUCUGGGUUAAUUUUCGAAGGUUCUGUAAAGAGUUUGGUAAAGAAUGUCACUCAUGGAAUUUCAAAUUCAACUGCAAAACUAACAGAAACAAUAUCUGAUGGUUUGGGACGAGUUGUCCUCAACGAACAAGAUACCGAAACCCGCCAAAGAAUAUUAGAAGUGCCGACAGGUUCGAAUACUUCUGGUGAGCAUUUAGCAGCUGGUCUAAAAGGAUUAGGUUUUGGGCUAUUAGGUGGUGUUACUAGUAUUGUUCGGCAUACCUAUGAAGGAGUACAAACUGAUGGAUUCCAGGGCUUCAUAAGUGGUCUUGGCAAGGGAAUUGUUGGGACUGUUACGAAGCCCAUCAUAGGUGUGUUAGAUUUGGCAUCAGAAACUGCAUCGGCUGUUAGAGAAACUAGUAAGAGUGCUCAUCGAGUGCUACCAGAAAGAAAAAGACCACCUCGCUGUGUGACUGGUGCACCAGGAGGUCUUCUCCCACCAUAUUCAUAUAGACAAGGAAAAGGUCAACAAUAUUUAUAUCUUAUAAAUAGGAGAAAUUUCUCUGAACAAUUAAUGUCAUAUGAACAAGAUUUAUGCAAUGAUAGAGAUGCAAAACUUAGAUUAUUAGUGUCAACAGAAUAUUUACGAUUAUUUUCUCGCACCGAAGAAGAACCGACUGUGAUGUUAGAGUGCCAUUUAGACGAGGUGCUUUCAUGUCAUCCAGUUACAGCACAAAGUUCGCACAAUUCCAAAGCGAAACCACAUUAUUAUAUAGAAAUAUCGAAAAAUUUGGGACAAAUACGAAGGCCACGGGUACGUUGUCAAUCGGAGGAGAUGGCUGAGAAGGCGGCAAGAUGUAUCAACUACGCGAAGAGUGUAUACGAUGAACGUGAGCAUACACUUAGUUACCAAUCAUCACUAAACGAAAGCUAAAUCAUCUACAUGUUAAUAUAAAUAAUAAUAUAUUUUGUAAAUGCAUAUAUAUUAGCCUUAAAGCAAUAUAAACCAUACAUAUAUAUAUAAACAAACAAA